GGUAACAGUUGGGUUUGUCUCGUACACCGGGAUGGAGUCUGUCUUGGAUGGGAGCUUCUAUCCGAAUCACUCUUCAAAAGGCUCUGUCCAAUUAAACUCACCAGUGGUUACUGUGAGUGUAGGCUGCAAAUACAAACUUUCAGCGCCUGUCAAUUUAACCUUCCAUCACAAUGAGUUAAAAAAAGCAGAAGAGCAGGUGAUGUGUGUCUACUGGAAAUACGAAGGGAAGGAAGGCUCCUGGUCCACAGAAGGCUGCACAAAGUUACACUCCAACCAAACACACACUGUGUGCAGCUGUGACCACCUCUCCAGCUUUGCUGUGUUAAUGGAAAGAAGAGAAUCACAGAUGCAAGAUUACUAUGCAUUGUUGGUGAUCGUCUACAUUGCAGAGAUAACAUCCCUGGUCUGCCUCAGCCUUGCCGUUGUCACAUUCCUGUUCUGUUGUUCGAUUCACAAUGCCAGUGCCGCCCUUCACCUGCACCUGAGUGUCUGUGUCUUCAUGGCUCACCUUCUAUUUCUGAUUGGAGUGUCCAAAACCAACGAGGAGGUGCCAUGCGCAGUCAUAGCUGGGUUCUUGCACUACUUCUUCCUAUGCAGUUUCGUGUGGAUGUGCCUGGAGGUAGUGCACCUCUAUCUGCUGGUGAGAGACGGGAAGCAGGUGAGGCCGUGCAGCAUAGGAGGGCUGCUGGCUGGGUACGGCCUGCCUGCUGUCAUCGUGGCUGUGUCGGCUGGAGUGUUUUCAGAGGGAUACAGGAUUGAUAUGUUAUGCUGGCUGAGCCAUCACAGAGGGUUUGCCUGGAGUUUUCUUGGUCCCGUUUGUGUCACAAUAGCUGUCAACACCAUUCUCUUCCCUGUAAUUCUCUUGACUGGGCUUGACCAGAAUGCUGAUGAGUCAACAGUGAAUGACACCAGACUGGGGAUUUUCAAAGCCAUUGUGCAUUGCCUCAUCAUGGGCUGCAGCUGGGUGCUUGCACUCAUUCCAGGAGUCACUUUCACACUGGUGUUUGCCAUUAUCAACGCCCUGCAGGGUCCCUAUAUUUUCCUGGUGCACUGUGUCUUGAACCAGCAGGUGAGAGUGGAGUACAGGGCGUGGAUCAGCCGCCUCCAUGGGCAGACAGGCAGCUACAACUUCUCAUCUUCUACAGUUCCAAUGGAAUCUCUGAAGGAGGAAACCAAUGCAAAAUCUGUGCACUAAUGCAGCUCUGAGCUCUCAGGAAAGAAAACAGGAGCGGAAAUGAAGAAAGAAGAUCUGCACGCUUUCAAAUUUAAGAACAUGUUAACACUAAGGAAAGUUUACAAACGAGGAGGCCAUUCGGCCCAUCUUGCUCGUUUGGUUGUUAGUAGCUUAUUGAUCCCAAA